UUUUCACUGUUUCAAUUAGAUACUGGAACUACUUCCCCAAUAACCCCAUGGUGAGCCUCAAUUGCAAUUUUCAUUCAAGGGAGACUAGUCUACUUGAACCUGAAACACACAUUUACCUCCCUUAAACAUAAUUAUUUCGUCUGCUGCUUAACUCUUUAACAACAAUGGAUGAAUUGGAAAACAAUGAAAUAAAUCUUCUUUUCUCAAAUAUCUUUGACUUUGAUGACUUUUUUUAAUGAAAUGAAUGAACAAGAUGAUGACAGCGCUUCAAAAUCACAAGAAAUAACACCAGCAGCACCAACAGCAGGAGCAGCAACAUCAGCCCCACCACCACUGGUAACAGCAUCAACACAGGAAGAAAAAGAACAAAACCCAACAUCAACACCAACAAGGAAUUUCAGAUCUGUAAGUUUGGAUAGCUUUCUGCUUGAAAACGAAAAUUUAAAUACAAAAAAGAAAACCGACAAUGACAUCAGACUUUUCAAAACUUUCCUAAAAAGUCACAAAAAUGAGGCAAGAAAUAUUGAAAAUAUACCUCCUCAUGAAUUGAACCCUCUGGUCUGCGAGUUUUUGUUGGGUGUGACUAAAAAAGAUGGAUCAGAGUAUGAACCCACAUCUUUGAGGGCAUUUUUAAGCUCAAUCGACAGGCAUUUAAGGCACAUGAACUACAAGCACUCUUUGAUAAAUGACCCUGAAUUUGCCAAAGUGAGGGAAGUAUUAAAAAGUAAACAAAAAGCUCUGAAAAAAGAAGGUUAUGGAAAUAAACCGCAUCAAGCCCAGGCAUUAACAAAUGAACAUAUUGAAGCUAUGUACGCAGCUAAAACUCUGGGAGAAUCAAGCCCAAGAGCUCUAUUACACUCACUGUGGCUUAUAUGUACAACCCAUUUUGGGAUGAGAAUUGGCAAGGAAAUUCACACCCUAUGCUGGGGUGAUGUCAGCCUUGGAAUCGAUUUUGAAACUGGUGAAGAAUUCAUCACCUUCGACACUGAGCGUCAGACAAAAACCCGUACUGGUGAAAAUCCUAGGGAUAUAAGGAAAGUCAAGCCACGGGCAUAUGCAGUUCCCGAACAACCUGACAGAGAUCCGGUGCAUCUCUACAAGCUAUAUGCCGACAAACGCCCUGUUGACAUGAUGACAGAAGACAGCCCCUUCUUCUUAACUCCUGGCAACAAGACACAGCAAUGCUGGUUCAGGAAGUCUGCCAUGGGAAUAAACAAGCUAUACAGCAUAAUGACCGAGAUGAAAACAGAUGCUGGUAUUCAAGAGCCAAGAAUCACCCCAUACAGUGCAAGAAAGCACUUGAUUCAGAAGCUGAAUGACGAGAAUGUUCCUGCUCAUCAAAUAAUACAGAUUUCAGGGCACAGAAAUAUUAACAGCUUAAAUAAUUACAGCAGUUUGAACAAGGAACAGUCAAAAAAUAUUUCAAAAAUACUUUCUCAUUCAAACCAGUCAGUUGAAAAGCACAACCGCACAGCCACUGCCACUGCGUCAGCCACAUCAAGUGAUUUUCCGAUGGCCCGAGGAUUUUUUGUCAACUCACAUUUCCAGGGCAAUGUAACAUUUAAUUUUCACAACUCUGAAUCUUACAUGGGCCUUUCCCAGACACAGAACGUAGUCAAUCACCAGAGGCAAUCUCCAUCCCGUACACCGGCGGUAACCGCAGAUUCCCCUGUACAGCGACACUACAAGCGAAUCCGUCUUAUUGCAGAGAGUGACAGUGAUUGAUAUCGAAACCAUUUAGCACAAAAACACUGUUGAAAUAUGUUUGCGUUCCUAGUUUAAUCCAGUUAUGUGUUAUUAAUCCAGUAAGUCGUAAAAGUGUUGUUCAACAUGGCGAGCACUUUCGUAACUUUGAGAUCAGUUUAAUACACAAAUUACUACGCCAGUAUAUGCAACACUAUUAAUUUCAUAAUAAUUUAAAUUAAACUAUUGUUUGUAAUAAUAUUGAAUGUAUAAAGUAUGAAAAAGAUAUAUGUUGAAUAAAACAUUGAUUUUAAUAGUAAUACACUUUUUACAGAUGUGAACUAUUUUCUUGUGUAGUAAGUUCUUUGUGCGUUCUAAAAAUUGAGGCACCCCACGGGGAAACUGAAUGAGGCAAAUUCGGAAAAUUAACAAAACUACAAAAAUAAGCAUAAAAUAAAAAGAAAAUUUGUUGGUUUCGGUAGCAUAUCGAAUUUAAU